UGCUUAUAAAAAAAAUUCAUUUGUCUGAUCAAAUAAAAUUCCAAAGAUGAAUAUAAUGAUAAAUGGAUUAAUUGGAGGAGUGUCUAUUAUAAUUCUCGUUGGUAUAUUUGGCAUAUUUUUUAUAAUAAAAUUGGUAAUAUGUCUAAUUGUAUUGACAAUUGGUGUAUUAACAUGUAUAUACAAAAAAUAUACACCAAAAAUUGAUGAUAGUAUAAAAUUAAGUAAAAAAAAUUUAUACAAAAAGACUGAGUUAUUAAAAUGUUACCUUGAUAAAUUGUCAAUGAAAAAAAAUAAUUAUAGUCUUGAUAAACGUGUUACUGGUAGUCAUAUUAUUGAUGAAUCAUUACAAGAAAUAUUAGAUUUUAUAAUACGUGAUUUUAUUGAAUCAUGGUACAAUGAUUUAACAAAUGAUGAUGAAUUUAUAAAAUCAGUACGUGAUACAGCACAAAAAAUUGCAAUUAAUAUUGCAAAUCGUUUUAAAAAUGUUGAUUGGAUACAAUAUUUAACAACACGUCUUGUUGAUGAUGUUGCAUCACAUUUGCGUCUUUAUCGUCAAUCACGUGCUAAAAUAAAACAACUAAACAAUGUUAAUAUUAAUAUUAAUAGUAAUAAUAAUAGCAGCAAUAACAACAACAACAACAACAACAACAAUACAAGUAGUAGUAGUUCAAGUAAUUCAAGUGGUACACCAAAACGUUUACCAACUCAUAGACGUAAUAAAAGUGAAACAGAUGUAUCAUGGUAUUCACAAUCAAAAUUUUACAUACCAAAUUUAACAUCACUCGGUGAACCAAUGAUAAAUAAUAAUAAAAAAACUCAAUCAACAAAUAAUAUUGGUCCUGAUAAUGUUGAUGAUGUUGAUGAUGAUGAUACUAAUAGUAAUAAUAAUAAUAAAACAUUAGAAAAUAUAUUUUUUAAUUUAGAAUUUAAAAUGGAAAAUAAUUUAUUAUGUCGUGAUGAAAUAUGCACAAAUAAUGAUAAAGAAUUAUCAUUGUUAAAUGAAUUAUCAGAUAUAUUAUUAUAUUUAUUAUUACCAAAAUGUGAUUUUGAUUGUAUAACCAUUAGAUUAAUAUUACGUGAAUUAUUAGUUAAUAUAAUAAUACGUCCAAUAUUUGAUUUAUUAUCAGAUCCAGAUUAUAUUAAUCAAACAUUUAUCAUGUAUUUUUUAAAUAAUAAAUUAACAACAACAUUAUCAAGUGAUAUAUUUUUAACAAUAUUAAAAAUAACAAAUAAUAUUGAUGAAUUAAUAUCAACUAAAAAUAUUAUUAAUCAUGAAAUUAUAUUAUUAAGAUCACGUGAUAGUGGUGGUGAUGAUGAUUUAAUUGUAAAACAACAAUUAAAUAGUUUAAAUUAUGUUAAAAAAAUUAUUGAUAAUAAAAUUGGUAAUAUGCAAGAUGGUAUUUAUUUAAAUGACAAUGAUUUUAUUAAUAAUAAUAGUAUUGUUCAAACAAAGCUAAUAAAUAUACCACUUGAUGAGUUGUUAAAAAAUAAUAUUGCUCUGAGUUAUUUUAUUGAUUACAUGCAAUAUAUUAAUUCAGAAAAUUAUUUAUUUUUUUAUUUAAAUAUAUAUGGUUGGCGUGUAUCAGCUGAACAACAAUUAUCUGAUAUUGAAUUAUAUAAAAUAAAUAAUAAAAUACAAUCAACAGCAACAAUAAAUUGUUUAAAACGUAAAAUAUAUAAUUUAAAUAAUUUAAAAGAUGCUGCAUUAAAAAUAUAUCAACAAUAUUUAAGUGAUAAAUCAUCAUUUAAAAUUAAACUUGAUGAUGUUAUUGUUAAAAAAUUUAUAAUACGUUUAAAAAAUGAAAGUGUUAAAGAAAAUUGGUUUGAUGAAUUAUCAAAAUGUUGUUAUGAUAAGUUACAAAAUUAUGAUAAAUUUUUACCGUCAUUUAAACGUUCAAAAUCUUAUAUUAAAUUAUUAGCUGAAUUGGAUUUAUUAAAAGACAAUAUAUCUGAUGAUGAUAUUAAAUCACUAGAUAAUAUUAGUUUAUCAUCAAUUGAUGAUAAAAUUAAAUCGUCAAAUAGUGUACAAUCAAAUUCAAAUUCAUCAACGAGUUUAACGAGUAUUGAUAAUGCAUGUGUUAUAAAUGAUGAUGAUGGUGAUGAUAAAAAUACAAAUGUUUGUAUUAAUAAUACAGCAACAACAAGUGCAAAUGAUUAUUUCAAGGUUGAUGAAUCAACGACAUUUGAUGAAGCAACUAUGAAAAAAUUACAACAAGGAAAAUAUAAUUUAAUUGCUGAAAUAAUUGAAACUGGUAUUGUUAAUGAUCAUGGUAAAACAUAUGGUAUAUAUGCAAUAUCAGUUUGUAAAAAAUAUGAUAAUGGUUAUAAUGAAAAAUGGCAUAUAUAUCGUCGUUAUUCGGAUUUUCAUGAUUUACAUCAAAAAAUUAAAGAUAAAUAUUAUGAUUUAGCUAAAUUACCAUUUCCAGCUAAAAAAACAUUUCAUAAUAUGGAUCGUGCUGUUUUAGAAAAAAGAAUGAUUAUGUUAAAUUUAUGGAUGGAUAAAUUAACAAAACAAUAUAUUACUGAUGGACAUAUGGGACUACAAAAUAUGUUACUUUGUUUUUUAGAACAGGGUGAAUAUGACAAAGGUGUUACUGGUGGACAAAUAUCACGAACGAUUGAUACACUGGUUAAUCCAAUCAAGACGUCAAUGAAAACAGUUACACAAGCUGUUAAAACAAUGCCAGAUAAUAUGAUAAAUACUGUUGAUGGUGUUAUGGAUAAUAUUAGUAAAUUUUUUGGUAAUCCCAGAAAAAAUAGUGGCUUUUAUGAAAGUACCAAAGUUGGAGCAAGCAUUGAUACUGAGACUGACGACAAUAUACCAUUGAGAAUAAUAUUACUAUUAAUGGACGAAGUAUUUGAUUUAAAAGUUAGAAAUCAAUGGCUAAGAAGAAGAAUAGUAACAUUAGUUAGACAAAUAAUUCGCACAAUGUUUGGUGAUAUUGUUAAUCGUAGAAUUGUUGAGUAUGUUUCAUUUUUAACAAGUCCAAAAAAUGUCGCAACGUAUUUACAACUAUUUAAACAAAGUUACUGGCCAAAUGGGGUACGAGCAGAUGCAAAGCCACCCCGUGAUUCUGAGACAAAAAAUCGUACACGAGUUGCUGCUAAAGUUGCAUUACUCUCUUGCUUAUCUGAUGAACUUAAACAUAUCAUUGGUAGCGAAACAACGAGACGUGGAUUAUUACUUGUAUUUGAAUUAUUUCAAAUGCCUGUUUUAAAUAGAAGACUACUUUAUGUUCUCUUUGAAGGUAUCAUUGAAAAUUUAUUUCCCGAUAAUAAUUUAAUUAUUAUUAUCAGAAAAUUAUACUCAAAAUCACCACGUGUCAUUAAUAAUAAUCAACAAAAAAUUAAUUCUUGAUAUUACAUUUUAUUUGUUAAAUAUUUUAUCUAAUUUUUUUCUUUACAAUUUAUAUAUUUUAUUUUUUUUUAAUUUUUACUUGUAGCUUUAUUUUACACACAGAUUUUAGAUAUACAAAAUUAUUUUAUUUAUAUAUUUUUUUUUUAUCUUUGAGGCCAAAAAUUAAUUAAUAUUAAUUGUAAUCUAUUUUUUUUUUUAAAUAUUAUUUUGCCUGAGGCUGCUAACUUGUCGGUAUUACUAAAAAACAAAAAUGUUAUUUCAAUGGUUUGAUAGAAAAAAUACAUAAUCAUUCCAUUUUAAUGACAAAUUAAUAUUUCCAAUAUUUUAUGUAAAUUUUUUAUAAAUACUUAAAUAUUGUAGUAUUUUUUAAUUUUAAAUUUAAGUUUUAAUAUUUUAAUAACAAUUUUAUUUCUAUUUAAAAAAAAAAAAUAAACUGUAAUUUAUUAACUUGAUAAAAUUAUUAACUCAUAAUAAUAAUUAAUUGUAAUAAAUAUUGUACAUUUAUGUUGUCCAAGUUAUUGUAAAAAAAAUCUUUAUAAAAAAAAUAUAAUAAUAAUAAAUGAAUAACGUUCUUUAUAUGUUACAAAAAAAA